AUGAACGCCUCAUUGGAGUCACAAACUUUGAGAUUGACCUCGAAACUGGCCGAACCAGAACGACCUGAGCUUUUCCGGAUUGAUGUCAUUGGCAAGUGGCUCUGCACUACAACAUUAGAGUUACUUCACUUAACCUUUGCCCUCGUAUUGGGUAGGAACAUACUAACCUUCUCUGAGGCCUUGCAUAAAUGUGCGGUGGUGGCUUUUUCGUCCAUCAACAAUGUGGUCAUAUACCAGAACUACCUGGCCAUGGCGAGCAUAAGGGGCCGAUAUAUGCUGCAGAACAAGGAGCUGAAGGCUGUGAUUGCCGAAGUUCACUCCCUCAUCCCGAGACGGCGCGGAGUGUUUGUGACCAAGUGCUGCUACUUGGCAGACCGGAUCGACGAGAUCGCCCGCACCCAAUCACACAUGCAGGACCUCACGAGCCGCAUCUCCAAGAUCUUCAGAAUUCAGACCUUUUGCGUGUCGUUUACCACCUAUUUGAACCUCAUCGCAGGUCUAUACAUAAUAUUCUGCCUUUUCAAGGACAUUAGCAUCACCAAUGACACUCCCCCAAUCGUCGUGGCUAUAUCAGUACCUUGCACUAUUCUGUUCUACGUGGACAUAAAGCUGAACACCAACAACGUUUUCCGGCUUUUGGAUGCCCAUAAGGAAACGGAAGAGUUGCUGCAGCAAAGGACACUAUUCCAAUACGGCUUGGACCAGAGACUGGAAUCGACUGUGAUUCAUUCUUUUCAUUUUGAGAGCUUCCAGCUCAACUUGGCCCGCAAUCCCUUUAAGCUUAGGUACUUUGGGGGCCGGGAAUGGAAUCGCUUCGCCUUGUUUUCCAUCUACAACUCUCUGAUAAGCAAAGCAAUACUCUUAAUUCAGUAUGAUAUUCAAAACUACUAA